AUGACGAGGUUUGAUAUAGCUGGGGGCUCAAACGUGGUCUUAGGCGAUCUUUUUGGCAUCGCAGGGUUCGCGGCUCGUCACAUGGCUUUUUCCAACGGCGCAAUUCCUCGGAAAUCUUUUAUUACUAUUACUGCGCAGUUCUGGGAAGUGAUAUCUGACGAACACGGUAUCGAUGCAACCGGAACGUAUAGAGGAGAUUCCGAUUUACAGUUGGAACGGAUCAAUGUCUUCUACACCGAGGCGCUUGGCGGAAAGUACGUGCCCCGAGCGGUCCUCGUGGAUUUGGAACCCGGCAGCAUGGACACGGUGAGGUCGGGUGCGUACGGUCAGUUAUUCCGACCAGAUAACUUCGUUUUCGGACAAUCCGGCGCGGGCAACAACUGGGCAAAGGGUCAUUACGCAGAAGGCGCCGAGUUGAUGGAUUCGGUGUUCGACGUAAUCAGGUAUGCGAUUGGUUUAUGA